AUGGAUGCCCUUCCAUUCGAGCAGGCCCCUCCAUUCGAGCUGGCCCCUCCAUUCGAGCAGGCCCUUCCAUUCGAGCAGGCCCCUCCAUUCGAGCAGGCCCUUCCAUUCGAGCAGGCCCCUCCAUUCGAGCAGGCCCCUCCAUUCGAGCAGGCCCCUCCAUUCGAGCAGGCCCUUCCAUUCGAGCAGGCCCUUCCAUUCGAGCAGGCCCUUCCAUUCGAGCAGGCCCUUCCAUUCGAGCAGGCCCUUCCAUUCGAGCAGGCCCCUCCAUUCGAGCAGGCCCUUCCAUUCGAGCAGGCCCCUCCAUUCGAGCAGGCCCCUCCAUUCGAGCAGGCCCUUCCAUUCGAGCAGGCCCCUCCAUUCGAGCAGGCCCUUCCAUUCAAGCAGGCCCCUCCAUUCGAGCAGGCCCCUCCAUUCGAGCAGGCCCCUCCAUUCGAGCAGGCCCCUCCAUUCGAGCAGGCCCCUCCAUUCGAGCAGGCCCUUCCAUUCGAGCAGGCCCCUCCAUUCGAGCAGGCCCUUCCAUUCGAGCAGGCCCCUCCAUUCGAGCAGGCCCCUCCAUUCGAGCAGGCCCCUCCAUAUGAGCCGGCCCCUCCAUUCGAGCAUGACCUUCCAUGCGAGCAGGCCCCUCCAUGUGAGCAGGCCCCUUUAUGUGAGCCGGCCCCUCCAUGCGAGCUGGCCCCUCCAUGCGAGCAGGCCCCUCCAUGCGAGCAGGCCCCUCCAUGCGAGCAGGCCCCUCCAUGCCAGCCGGCCCCUCCAUGCGAGCUGGCCCCUCCAUGCGAGCAGGCCCCUCCAUGCAAGCAGGCCCCUCCAUGUUAG